UCUCUUGCAGCUGCCAGCGUUUGUCACUAGCGUCAACAAGCGCUGCUCUUGCCUUGCUGUGCGCCACGAGCGAGCGGGAGACAAGCGAACGGAUCCAUGGCCAGGCUACUGCAGCCCCUGGUGGCCAGCUGGCUGCUGUGGGCGCUGCUUGGUGCCGCCCUCAUAGCGGGGCAUGGCACGGAGGCGCGUGGCUGGAAUUAUCGGGAAUGCAGCGCCACUGAGUACCGAUGCCGCAAUGGAAAAUGCAUCGACAACAGCAAAGUUUGCAACUACGUCGUGGACUGUCCCGACGGCGAAGACGAGGGCGAUGACUGCCCCGCCGCCUGCAGCGGCAUGGAGUAUCAAUGUCGCGAUGGCACCCGCUGCAUCAGCGUCAGCCAGCAAUGCGAUGGCCACGCCGAUUGCAGCGAUGGCGACGAUGAGGAGCAAUGCGAUGGAAGUGGCUACGAUGCCGAUCAGUGUCUGUUCAAUGAGUUCCGCUGCAGGAACGGUGAGUGCAUACCGAUGCGUCAGGUGUGCGAUAAUAUCUACGAUUGUAACGAUUAUACAGACGAGCAAGACUGCGACCCGAACGAAAUCGAAAACAAUAGAGAUGCCGAUACGGUCGAUCGUGAUGGUAUAAUACGAAAUUAUGGAGACCAUCACCGCCGGCCGCCGCCGGCAAUUGGCCGCGAUAACGAUAACGAUAACAACAUCUAUGAGCACGGCCUGCACGAGCUUGAUCUCAAUGAAUACGAGCUCUACAACCCGCAGGACCAUUACGCAAAAGCAACUCCCCAACACCCGUGUGACGCCAAUCACUUCAAAUGCCAGAACAACGUUUGCAUUCCGAUCCAUCUGCGCUGCGAUGGGUACCACCACUGCAACGAUAGGAGUGACGAGGCUGAUUGCGACCGGUAUAGGCCGCCGACGACCACCAGGCGACCCGUGACGUUCGCACCCACGAGUUACUUCUGGACAACAGCCGCGCCCGGCUCCCUGGAACGUCAGACAACGAAUGCGCCUCCAUUCGAUAGAGUAACAGCGCCGGCCACGCGUCCCACCACUAACCCAAUACCAAUAACAACGAGUGGAGUUGCAUCGAGUAGGUUCCCUAAUUGUACUUGCCUCGAAAACAUUGAAUUCGCGUGUCACAAUCACGAUUGCAUUUCGAUUGAAAGCGUCUGCGAUGGCACUCCCGACUGCCAAGAGCACGAGGAUGAGGACUAUACGCUGUGCAAUUGCAGCGCUGACAAGUACAAAUGUGUGAGGGGCGGCGGUUGCAUACCCAAGACUCAAGUCUGCGAUGGCAAAUCUCAGUGCCGCGAUGGUAGCGAUGAGAGCGCAUGCCACUUUCAUGCCAAAUUUAAUCUGAGCCGCCCGAUCGUCGAGUGCCAGAGCUUUCAAUAUCAAUGCGGGGACGGAAGUUGCAUUUCUGGCUAUAAGCGCUGCAAUGGCAUCACCGACUGCCCCGAUAGCGCCGAUGAGUACAACUGUCUGAUCAAUUACGAUACGAACUAUGACAGUGACUCAGACACAGACAAUGAUAAUGAUCCAUUGAAUGAGUGCGAUCUGUACUAUUUUGAAUGUGACUUUGGCCAGUGCAUACCCUUAGAGAAGAAGUGCGACGGCUAUGCGGACUGUCAAGAUGAAACGGAUGAGCUCGAUUGUCCGCCCUUCACAGAGCAUUGUCUAGAGCACGAAUUCGAGUGCGAUGAUUAUUGCAUACCACGCGAUCAGCUCUGCGACGGUAUAGUCAACUGCAACGAUGGCAACGACGAACGCAACUGUACUUCAUGUCGCAAUGAGGCCUACCUCUGCAACACUGGCGAUUGCAUUGCAGCCAAACUGCAUUGCAAUGGCAUCGCGGAGUGUUCCGAUGCCAGCGAUGAGCUCAACUGUGCAAUUAUGUACUGUGCGAUAAAUCAAAUCGCCUGCAACGGCGCCUGCCUCGAUUGGUCGCUGCGCUGCGAUGGUAUACUCGAUUGCGACAAUGGCAUCGAUGAGCUCAAUUGUCCGGCUGGCAAGAAAAACUUUAGAAACACAACAACAGUUAGGAAAUGCCAACCAAAUCAAUGGCAGUGCUCAAACUCUGAAUGCAUUAACGCCGAUUUGUUGUGUGACAAACAUGCCGAUUGCACGGACGAAUCGGAUGAAUUACCGAGUAGAUGCUUGGGACAGGCCACCGAUCGACUGACCGCUGGGGACUGCCGACGGGAUCAAUUCUUUUGCGAUGAAUCAUGCUUCGAUCGUUCAAUAUUGUGCGACGGGAAUAUCGAUUGUAUUGACCGCAGCGAUGAGCGCGACUGCCAUUUGCAUACCACGCGUCAUCCAUUGUAUCCACCACUGCCCUGCCCACAGCACACGUGCCCCAGUGGCAGGUGCUACACGGAAAGCGAACGCUGCGAUGGCCGUCGCCAUUGCGAAGAUAGCUCCGAUGAGGCCAACUGCUGCGCUGCCGAUCAGUUCCGUUGCCGUGACGGCAACUGUGUGUCCCAGGAUGAUGUCUGCAACGGCUUCAGACAGUGCAUGGAUGGCUCCGACGAGGAGAACUGCGAUAUAAUGCAAUGCCAGCAUAAUCAGUUCCGCUGCCGCAACGGACAGUGCGUGAGCCUGACGGCUCGUUGCAAUGGCAAGACCGAUUGUCAGGAUAGCUCCGAUGAGAGCAAUUGUGCUAGCUACAGACCUGCAUCGCCAACAGCCACCACCACUACCACCACAGCCACAACAACGACAACCACAACGGUGGUGCCAACUACAACAGCAAUGCACCCAGUGGGGCCAUUGCGCAUUAUUUGCCCACCAACCGCGUUCCGGUGUGAGAAUGGUCCUUGCAUAGCGCUCACAGCGCGCUGCAAUGGUGUUAUCGAUUGUCCGUUCGAUGCCAGCGAUGAGCUGGACUGUGAGCCCAUCACUAAUGAAAUCGAUACCUCCGAUCCGUCUCCACCUGGACGCAACCAGUUGAACCUGAAGACCUAUCCCGAUAGCCAGAUCAUCAAAGAAAGUCGCGAGGUCAUCUUCCGCUGCCGUGACGAGGGUCCAGCCCGUGCCAAGGUCAGAUGGACACGUCCCGGCGGUCGCGCACUGCCCGUCGGCUUUACCGACAAGGGCGGACGUCUAGAAAUACCCAACAUACGCGUGGAGGAUUCUGGCACCUAUGUGUGCGAAGCUGUCGGCUACCCGAGCUACAUUCAGGGCCAACAAGUGACCGUCCAUCUGACAGUCGAACGCUUCAAUAUUGACGAACACGAACGACCACCGACAGCCUGUACCGAAUACCAGGCAACCUGUAUGAACAGUGAAUGCAUUGACAAGUCGGAGAUUUGCGACGGCGUGCCAAAUUGCUCGGAUGGAUCGGAUGAGCACAGAUGCAGCCAUGGACGCAGAUGCCAGCCGAACCAGUUCUUGUGCAGAAACACCAAGUGCGUGGAGCGCACAUGGCGCUGCGAUGGCGAAGACGACUGUGGCGACAAUUCCGAUGAGGAGUCCUGCGAUCCCGAGCCAAGUGGAGCUCCCUGUCGCUACGACGAAUUCCAAUGUUCCACCGGUCAUUGUGUACCCAAGAGCUUCCACUGCGACGGUAUUAACGAUUGCCGUGACGGCAGCGAUGAGUUCGGUUGCACGGAGCCUAAGCCACUGCGGAAACCACCACCAAUGCAGUCCUUGCUGGAGGGACAGUCCCUAAACUUGACUUGCACGGGAACGGGUGUGCCCAUCCCAACGAUUAUUUGGCGUCUCAAUUGGGGUCAUGUGCCCGACCAGUGCAAGUUCACAAGCUCGAACGGUCGCGGCGAUCUCUAUUGCCCCAACAUGCAGUACAAGGACAGCGGCGCCUACUCCUGCGAGAUUAUGAACGCGCGCGGCACUAUCUUCGUAACGCCCGAUACCAUAGUGAAGGUGACACCCGAUCGCAAUCAGUUCUGUGAGGCUGGUUUCUUCAAUAUGCUGGCACGCUCCACGGAUGAAUGUAUCAAGUGCUUCUGUUUCGGCGUGGCUAACUCCUGCGAGAGCGCCAAUCUCUUCACCUAUGCCAUACAACCACCAAUUCUGUCUCACCGCGUGGUCACCGUUGACCUGACACCCUAUCAGCAGAUCGUCAUCAAUGAGGGCAGCGGACAUUCUUUGCUCACGCUCCAUCAUGGUGUACAGUUCCGUGCCUCCGAUGUGCAGUACAAUAGCCGCGAGACACCCUACUUGGCCCUGCCCAGCGACUACAUGGGCAAUCAGCUGAAGUCCUACGGUGGCGAGCUUAGGUACGAGGUCAACUAUAUGGGCAAUGGACGUCCUGUUUCUGGGCCCGAUGCGAUUAUCACCGGCAAUGGUUUCAUACUCACCAAUCGUGUCCGUACCCAGCCCAAUCAGUUGAACAAGGUGAAGAUUAGCUUCCUGCCUGGCAACUGGCAAAAGCCCGACGGACGCAAGGCCACGCGUGAGGAGAUCAUGAUGAUAUUGGCCAAUGUGGACAACAUUUUGAUUCGUCUCGGCUACAUUGAUACGGUGGCGCGUGAAGUGGAGCUAACUAACAUUGCAAUGGACUCGGCGGGCUCCUCGGAUCAGGGUCUGGGCAGUGCCUCGCUGGUUGAGAAAUGUAAUUGUCCACCUGGCUAUAUUGGUGACUCUUGUGAAAGCUGUGCACCUGGAUUUGUGCGCCAGCCCGGCGGUCCCUGGCUGGGUCGCUGUGUGCCCUUCGUGCCCGAGCUCUGCCCCGCCGGCACCUUCGGUGAUCCGCGCCGUGGUGUGCCCUGCAGCGAUUGCCCAUGCCCACACACUGGCAGCAAUAACUUUGCCAAUGGCUGCAAGUUGAGUCCCGACAACGAUGUCAUCUGCAACUGUCACGAGGGCUACGAGGGUAGACGUUGCGAAAGCUGUGCCGCCGGCUAUCAGGGUAAUCCAUUGAUACCGGGCGGUGCCUGCCACAAGACACCCGAAUCGACUUGCAACGUGGAGGGUACCUAUAACCAGUACCCCGAUGGCAGCUGCCAUUGCAAGGCCCUGGUCACCGGAGAUCGUUGCGACACCUGUGCACAAAAUAGCUUCCAUUUGAAUUCCUUCACCUAUUCCGGCUGCAUUGAGUGCUUCUGCAGCGGCCUGCAGGCGGAGUGCACCAGCACCUCGUGGUUCCGCGAGCAGGUUAGCAGCAGCUUUGGUCACUCCCAUGUGCCACAUGGCUUCCAGCUUGUGCGCGAUUACACGGUUGUCACACCUCAGUCGGUGCCCUUCGAUACGCUUUCCAAUGAGAUUAGCUUCAAGUCAGGCUCGGAAUAUAGCGCCGAUACCCUAUACUGGAGCCUACCCGCCCCCUUCCUGGGCAACAAGCUGACUGCCUAUGGCGGACGUCUCAACUAUACACUUAGCUACAGCCCACUGCCCGGUGGCCAGAUGUCGCGCAAUAGUGCGCCCGAUGUGGUCAUCAAGAGCGGCGAGGAUCUAACCCUCAUUCAUUUCCGCAAAGCGGCCGUCAGUCCCAGCACCUCGAACUCAUAUGCUGUGCCGAUCAUUGAGAGCGCCUGGCAGCGGACCGAUGGCGAAGGAGCCAAUCGCGAGCAUCUGCUGAUGGCGCUCAGUAAGAUCGAUGCCAUCUACAUCAAGGCCACCUACACAACCGGCACCAUGGAGGGAUCCCUGAAGCAGGUCGUCAUGGACAUUGCCAAUUCCAAUAGCUAUGGCACUCAGCGCGCCCUUGAAGUGGAGGAAUGUCGUUGCCCUCAGGGCUACAUUGGACUAUCCUGCGAGCGUUGCGCACCCGGCUAUAAGCGCAAUCUCGAAGGAGGUCUCUACCUGGGCCUGUGCGAGCCAUGCGAGUGCAAUGGUCAUUCGACACAAUGCGAUGCCGAAUCUGGCGAAUGCCUGAGCUGCUCUGACAAUACCGAGGGCGAGAACUGUGAUCGCUGUGCCGCCGGCUAUGUGGGUGAUGCCACUCGUGGCACCCCAUAUGACUGUCAGCCGGAUAACAAUGGACCACAACCGCCGCAGCCGCCGCAACCAUCGCCAGACGAUCAGCGCGAAUGCCAAUGGUGCAACAGAGACGGCACGGAGGACUGCCGCAAUGGUGUCUGCUACUGCAGGCGCAAUGUGGUCGGAGCUCGCUGUGACCAGUGCCGUCCGAACACCUUCGGUCUGUCCCCCACCAAUCCGGACGGAUGCAAAGACUGCUUCUGCUCUGGCCAUUCGUCUCAAUGCCGUUCUGCCGUGGCUUACCGCCAGCUAAUCGCCAUCGACUUCAUUAGCAACAAGGCACUGAUCACGGACGAAUAUGGACAGCAAAUGGAAAUGGAUGAUACCAACCUCAAAGUGGAUAUACCCAACAACAUGUACACCUACAGCUAUCCCUCAUACUCGAUCAAAUACUGGAGUCUGCGCGGCAAUGUUCAGGGCAAUCAACUGCACGCCUAUGGCGGCCACUUGAAGUACACCUUGGACGCCGAAUCCUUUGGUGACUUUCUGCCCGGCAACGAUGUGGUGCUCAUUGGCAAUGGCGUACGCUUGGUCUGGUCUCGUCCGCCCAAGGACGCCCAACUCAACGAGUACAGUGUACGCCUCAGCGAGGAGGAGCAAUGGCUGCGCUUGGAUAGUGGCAGCGCCGUUCCCGCUUCACGGCACGACAUCAUGAGCGUCCUGGUCAACAUCGAGCAUCUGCUCAUACGUGCCACACCCAAAAUCCCGACGAAGCGCACCUCCAUUAGCGAUGUGACCUGGGAAUUGUCACUGGACACAAACCAGCCCGGCGCCGAGCUGGUAACGGACAUUGAGCUCUGCCAGUGCCCGGCCGGCUACACGGGCAACUCCUGUGAGAAUUGCGCUCUGCUCAACUACCGCGAGGAGAACGGCCAGUGCCGCAGCUGUCCAUGCCAAGAGGAGAACACCCAGAGCUGCUAUCUGGGCGGCAGUGGCUAUGUGGAGUGCAAGUGCAAGCCGAAUUUCAAGGGCGAUCGUUGCCAGGACUUCGACACAUCUCGCAUGAUUGAAGAACCGCCCAAGUUAUGCGAUAUAUACAGGGGAUACUGUUGCAACGGCUUUCGGUUCGAUAUUGAGCCCAACGAGACAAUAUCGUAUAAUGACACUCUGCUGAUUUAUAAGGGCAACAGAGUUAUAGGAAAUAUAACCAAACUGCGCAACGGCUGCCAUCAGCGAGACUACGGAAUACCAGUGUCAACGACCACCGAACAGCCCGACAAUAUACGCACCCAAAUAAUUGUAUCGAUAUCGAAGCCACAGAUCACGAUAAUGCCCGUCGGUGGUUCGAUAUCGUUGCACUGCAACGGUCGCAUGAAAUGGAAUAACAAUCCGGUCCUCGUCAGCUGGUACAAGCAGAACAGCCAAUUGCCCAACACAGCUGAGAUUUCAGGCGGAGUUCUGAAUCUGUACAACAUGCAGCUGAUCGAUUCUGGUGUCUACAUCUGCCGUGCCGUCAACAACCAGACCUCACGCGCCUACGAGGACAUGGUCUCCCUAACCAUAACAACUCAUGCACAACGUUCACCUGCUCAGAUUGUCAAUCUGCCGCAAACGGUGACCUUCGAUGAAUACGUUGUCAAUGAGAUCAACUGCGAGGUGGAAGGCAAUCCAACACCCAUCGUCACCUGGACACGCAUCGAUGGCCAGGCGGACGGACAUACGCGAACGGAUGGCUCCCGCUUGAUAUUCGAAUCGCCACGCAAAUCAGACGAAGGACGCUAUCGCUGCCAAGCCCAAAACGACCUGAACAUCGAUGAGAAGUACGUGCAGGUCUAUGUACUGGGCAAUGCCCCGCAGCCACAGCCACCAGCACGAGAACGUCUCUACAUUCAGCCAGAGAACUACAAUGGCGAGGCUGGCGACUUAAUACGCUUCGUUUGCCAGUCGACCAGCGGCGCCCAACUGCACUAUGAGUGGCUGCACGAUGGCUACCCAUUGAACGGCCAGCAGCAGUCGAAUGUGAUCAUUAGCGGAGAUACCCUAGAGAUACGAGAUGCUACCACCCGGGACAACGGCGUCUACACGUGCGUUGGCAACGACUUAAGGACACAUCGCAACUAUACCGAAGAUGCACGCGUCUACAUCGAAGAUCGACAGCAGCCCAUCGGAAACGGCAAUCCUCCUCGUAUUGUGCGACUUGAGGCAGAGCAUGUCAUCUAUCAGGGCACCGACUUGAGCAUUACCUGCGAAUCGAGUGGCUCUCCCUACCCAAGCAUUAAAUGGAUGAAGGUUCGUGACUCGAUGCCCUCGAAUGUCCAAAUUACGGGCAAUGUACUGCGCAUUCACAAUGCCAUGAUCGAGAAUCGUGGCUGGUAUGUGUGCACAGCCGAGAACGCCCAUGGUACAGAUCAAUCCAACACUCAUAUCGACAUUGAACCUCGGGAGCGACCGAGCGUUGAGAUAGAGCCAGUAAGGACACUCACCGUCGGCGAACAGGGCAUCCUUUUUUGUCGCGUCCACGGCAUACCCGAGCCGACGGUGCAGUGGCGCCGCGUCGAUGAUGCACCACUCUCGUCCCGACACGUCGAGCAGGCCAAGGGCUACAUAGUCAUCAACGAAAUACAGGUCGCGGAUGGCGGUGACUACGAGUGUUCGGCCGAGAACACCGUUGGGCGCACCACAGCCGUUGUGACGCUGAGAGUGAUUGACCCACCGGUGAUUCAACUGGAUCCGAGCGAAUCUCUUUUACCGUACACCGAGGGCGACGAGGUGCGCAUUGCGUGCGUUGCCAGCGGCACCCCUAAUCCGACCGUGCAAUGGGACAACCAGCCGGCUGUUAUGCCACUGGAUACCCGACAAAUUGGCUCGAAUACGGCCUAUUUGAUCAUCAAUCGGGUGACACAGGCGGAUGCCAAGGUCUACGUCUGCAAGGCUACGAAUGAGGCGGGCGACGACGAGCGUACCAUACGCAUCGAUGUGAAGCCCAAGCGGGGUGAUAUUGGCGAUCGCGAUGGCGAUGUGGAGCGUGAUCCUUACCUGCCGCCCUACUAUCACCAGUCACAGCGUCCCAGCUCGGACACCAUUCAGCGCUUCACAGCCAAUCUGGGUGACAACGUGACCCUCACCUGUAAUCUGGAUCCCUACUUGAAUACCGAAUGGACGCGCGUCGAUGGGCAGCCGCUACUGCCAAACGCUCACUCCGAACACAACAAGCUGACGAUCACAUUCGUUGAGGAGCACAAUCUCGGUCAGUAUCGCUGCAAUGCCAUGGAUCAUCGCGGUGCCCUGGUCACAUAUGUCGUGCGAGAAUUGGUGCGUAUGCCACUGCCCCAGAUCACUUUCCGUCCCAACAUACCGCUCGAGGUGGAGGCCAAUCGCAAUGUCGAAAUCUACUGCGAUGUGACCGGCGCCCGGCCCGAGGACGUGCAAUGGGCCACCGACAAUAACCGACCACUGCCCAGCUCCGUGCACAUCGAGGGUCAACUGUUGCGCUUCAUAGCCAUAACUCCGGCUGAUGCUGGCGGCUACAGCUGCACGGCAUCGAACGAAUACGGCAACAUUAGCAAGAUCGCCCAGGUAGUUGUGCGUCCGCCGGCUACCUACACGCAGCAACCGAUCUCUAUGCAACAGCAGCGGCGCGAGGGCGAGAGCAUUCAGAUGCGCUGCACUGUGACGACGCAACGUGGCGAGCAGCGCGUCAAUACUCAGUUCAACUGGUAUCGCGAAGAUGGACAGCCGCUGCCCAACAAUGCUCGUUCCGACAGCCAGAUCCUGAUCCUGACAUCGUUGCGCUUGGAGGACGCCGGUCGCUACAUAUGCGAUUCGUACGACAUCAACACCAGGCAGCGUUCCCCGCCCACCUACGUCGACUUGAGUGUACAGCCGGGCCAACCGGGUGCCUAUCUGCCGCCUUCACGGCCAACGCCCCCGCCAGAGCCAGUCGUGCCACGUGACUACAGCCUGAAACUGGAUCAGCAAUCAUCGAAAUUACACGUUGGCGAGUCGACCGAAGUUGAAUGCUACUCCUCGGACAACAGCUACACGGAUGUGAUCUGGGAGCGCUCCGAUGGAGUGCCGCUCUCAGCCAAUAUACAGCAAGUGGGCAACCGUCUGGUAAUUACUGAAGUGACCGCUGCGGAUGCGGGCAACUACGUGUGCAAGUGCCGUACGGAUAAUGGCGAUCUCUACACGACCAGCUAUGAGCUGGCCAUUGAGGAGCAACCCCAUGAGCUGCGUCGUCCGAAGAUCGUGCACGCCAAUGUCGGCGAUCAGGCCCAGCUGAGCUGCGGCGCCGAUGAGAGUCGCCAGCCCAGCUAUCGCUGGUCACGUCAGUACGGACAAAUGCAAUCCGGACGCGAUAUACUGAGCAACGAGCUGUCGCUGCAGGGCGUGCAGGCAAGCGAUGCCGGCAGCUACAUUUGCACAGCCGUCUAUAACGAUGGAGAGUCCGUGGAUUAUCCGAGCAUUUUGGUCAUCACGGGAGUUAUACCGCAAUUCAGUCAGCAACCACUGAGCUACAUGAGUUUCCCCACCCUGCCGGACUCCUCGUUCAAUUUCAACUUUGAGAUCACCUUCCGGCCGGAAUCAGCCAACGGCGUGCUCCUCUUCAAUGGACAGACGCGCGGAGCUGGCGAUUACAUUGCGCUCUCGCUGAAGGACCGUUAUGUGGAGUUCCGCUUCGACUUCGGCGGCAAGCCGAUGGUAGUGCGUGCCGAACAGCCCUUGGAGCUGAACGAAUGGCAUACGGCACGUGUGCAGCGCUCACGUCGCGACGGCUACAUUCAGCUGGACGAACAGCAUCCGGUCGCGUUCCCCACGCUCACCCAAAUACCGCAGCUGGAGCUCAUCGAGGAUCUGUACAUUGGCGGCGUGCCCAGCUGGGAGCAGCUGCCCGCCGAGGCGGUGGCAGAGCAAACGGGCUUCGUCGGCUGCAUAAGCCGUCUAACGCUCCAAGGUCGCACCAUAGAGCUGAUGAAGGACGCCAAGUUGAAGGAGGGCAUCACUAGCUGCAAGCCGUGCGCCGCGUCGCCCUGCGCCAACGGCGGCAUUUGCCUGGAAAGCCAAACGGAACUCGCCUACACCUGCGUCUGCCAGCAGGGCUGGACAGGCCGCAACUGCGCCGUCGAGGGUACCCAGUGCACUCCGGGCCUGUGCGGUGCCGGCCGUUGCGAAAACACUGAGCUGGACAUGGAAUGCCUGUGCCCGCUCAAUCGCACCGGCGACCGCUGUCAGUACAUGGAACACCUAAACGAACACAGUCUCAACUUCAAGCGAAACAGCUAUGCGGCCUACAACACACCUCGUGUAUCGCGCAUCAAUGUGACUCUAUCGUUGCGCCCAGCCAGCUUACGGGAUGCAGUGCUGCUGUACACGGCCGAGUCGAAGCUGCCCAGCGGCGAUUACGUGGCCCUUGUGCUGCGCGACGGUCAUGUCGAGCUGAUCAUUAACACGGCUGCGCGCCUUAAGCCUGUCGUGGUGCGUUCACAGAAGCCGCUGCCCCUGCAUAGAUGGACACGGGUCGAGCUGCUGCGUCGCCAGGGCGAGAGCAUUUUGCGUGUCGGCGAUGAGCCCGAGCAGAGGGCCAAGGCGGCGGGUGCACCGCGCACACUCUCGCUGAAGACGCCGUUGUAUGUGGGCGGCUAUGAUCGGGCCACAGUCAAGAUCAAUCGGGAUGUGAAUAUCAACGAAGGCUUCGAUGGCUGCAUUUCGCGUCUCUACGACUCGAUGCGUCCUAUUCAGUUGCUCGCUGCCGUUAAGGACGCGGCCAAUGUGCAAAACUGCGGCGAACUCAAUGAGAUCGGGGACAAUGACUUUGAUGGCGAGCUGCCCGUGGUGCCUGUGGCGCCAACCAGCGACACUCGCGCCUCCCACCACGAGGAGGAACAGCAGCCCUAUGCGAUGUCGCCCUGUGCCAAUGAGCCCUGCGAGAAUGGCGGCACCUGCCGCGAGGUGGAGCAACAGGCGAUCUGUGCCUGCAGCCUGGGCUACAGUGGCAAGCACUGCGAGGAGCACAUCCAAGUGAGCUUCAAUGCCUCGUUCCGUGGCAAUGGAUAUCUGGAGGUGGAUCGCAGCCAGUUUAGCUCGGAGAUAGACCAACAGUACACCUCAGCAGUGGUGGUCUUCUCCACGAACAAGCCCAACGGCCUGCUACUCUGGUGGGGCCAGAAAUCUGGCGAAGAGUUCACCGGCCAAGACUUUAUAGCCCUAGCCGUCGUCGAUGGCUUGGUGGAGUACGCCCUGCGUCUGGACGGCGAGGAGGUGGUCAUACGCAACGUGGACACUCCUGUGGAUGAUGGCCAACGCCAUAUUGUGCUUGUGAAGCGUGCGGACAACACUGCCAUUCUCGAGGUCGAUCGCAUAUCCGACUCCGGCGAGACGCGCCCCACCAGCAAAAAGGAGAUGCAUCUGCCGGGCAAUGUCUUCAUUGGUGGUAUUCCGAACAUCUCAAACUUCACGGGCAAACGCUAUUCGCACAACUUCAACGGUUGCAUCGUCUUUGUUGAAGGUGAUGCCGUUGGCCAGAUCAAUCUGGGCAAGGCCUCUGUCAGUGGCGUCAACGUGGAUACCUGUCCUGUUAAUGAUGAAGCCCUGGGUGGCACCGAACCACCUGUCGUUUAAGGCAAUAUACCAACAAUAACAAAACCAACAACAACAGUAACAAAAUGAAACCCACACAAGUUAGGUUU